AAAUGUUACUUCAAUUGCUUCUUCCUAUUGCACUUGUUGCAUAUGCCAGUGGUGCCUGUUUCGACAAUGACAAGGAAGUGAAAGGAGCAUGCUUUAAGUUUGUCAACCAACAGUUGACAUUUAAUGAUGCUCGUAACUGGUGUCAUUAUCAGAAUCCAGUCACUUCAUCUUAUUUGGCUUAUGUUCCUGACCAGUACACCAGUAGUUUUGUGGCAGCAUACGCCCGCACCGCAUUCGGAACAAACUAUGGAAACUUUUGGAUCGGUUUAAGCCGAAAUAGUUCUUCUAGUCCAUUCGCUUGGGAUAAUGGAAGUCCUGUUGCAUAUACCAAUUUCGACACACAAUUUGGUCAGAAUUAUAUUGCUGAAAAAAUUGUGAACUCAAAGUGGACUGCAUUCGGGGAAAAAGAUAAGAACUUCUUUGUGUGCAGUUAUAACCCUACUUUCUCACCUGCAAUUAUUUCGACGACUCAAGAACCUACUACAGAAGGCAAUUCUUGUCAGCCAGUUGAUAGAAUGACACUUCUAUUCGCCUACUCAAAUGAUUUGGAUCCGCAAGCUGUUAACAAUUCAUGGAACUGGGCCGGUAUUAAUUUGUAUUCCACCUUCUCUGGGUUUGCGUUUGCAAGGUUCGAUGUGCGUGACGAAGAAGACAUUGCAUAUUUCACAGACUUUGAAAGCGCCACGUCAUAUUUGCACUCACAUCUUCCUGAUUCAAGUUUAGGGUUUGGUGAUAAUAAUACAGGAAGUGACUCUCUGGUAACUAUUGAAAAAUUCUACAACAGUAAAGAAAUUCCCGUCUGUGGUGCCAUUAGCAUGAUUCUAUCCAAGCGUUACCCUGACGACUGGAAUCUACCAAGGACAGUUUCACUUGUGAGAGAACAUCAUGGAAUAGUUCAUGCGGUGUCCUCCGUUGAUCCAUCGGGUGGUACGCCAUCCAAUGCACUAUAUAACUUAACGUCUAAGACCAAUGGAAUGAGCAAUUUUGGAACAGAUGAUGGAUUUCCACGUCUAGUAGGCUUGAUUUCCUUCAAUUAUGGCCCGCAACCAAUUUACUGCGCUAAUCCAGAGGUCUCCGGGCAGAACACUAUUGAAUUGCCUGCAAUUGAUAUUCUAUCCUCUGAAUCUUAUUGGGUGUCAGUGUUGACGCAGGAUCAUGGUCCUCUCGACGCUUUUCAGUCGUUUAAUCUUACAUGGUCCAGUAGCGAAUACGGGGGCAAUACCUUAAAUUCUAGCAGCACACAAGGUCUCUAUGGGCUUGUUGGUCUAAACUGGUUCCCCUUCAACGCGGAGACUUAUAGCAUGAAGCUGCAGUAUAACUAUAUAAACAAUAUAAACGAGGUGAUACAAGUAAGGCUUUACGGUGUGAGAGCCCAACGUGACUGGCUGCCGUAUUGUGACUGAGUAUAAAUCGAUUGAUGGGAUUUUAUUUUAUCCAAUAAUAAUGUUGUCAUAGU